AUGGAGGGCAGUAACAAGACCACGGUAAAGGAAUUCAUCUUGAUAGGCUUCCCGAAUACGCAAAAGCUGCAGUGGUUUCUGUUCAUUUUAAUCUUAUUUACAUAUGUGAUUUGUGUCACUUGCAACAUUGUUAUCAUUGUUCUUGUUAAAAUUGACAAUUCUCUACACACUCCAAUGUAUUUGCUUAUUAGUAAUUUUGCUGCAUUAGAGAUUAUGUUUGUGUCGGUCGCAAUUCCAAAACUCCUCAACAAUCUUAUUGUGUCAGACAAAAGAGUAUCUAUCAGUAGCUGCUUUUUACAACUGUAUUUUUUCCAUGCCCUGGGGGCAACUGAAUGCUGUCUACUUGCUGUUAUGGCUUUUGAUCGAGAUUUGGCAAUUAACAAUCCUCUGAGAUAUUCAGCAUUUAUGACUAACAAGUUUUAUAUUGGUGUUUCAGUAUCCCCAUGGAUUGUUGGUUUUACGGUUGCUUCCAUUACCACAAUAUCCACAGCUCAAUUAGAAUUCUGUAGUCAUAAUGUGCUCAACCAUUUUAUGUGUGAUAUGGCGCCAUUACAGAAUCUGGCUUGUUCCAACCCCUACUUCAGUAAUAUGGUUAUAAGUACAGCAGCUGUUUUCACAGUAGCUUUUCCAUUUUUCAUCAUCAUGGGAUUUUAUAUUCAUAUUAUUAUCACCAUAUCUAGAAUUAAAAGUACUGAAGGUAAACGGAAAGCAUUCUCCACCUGCUCUUCCCAUCUUAUAGUAUCUAGUUUAUUCUACAGUUCAGUCAUUGUUGUAUAUAUCAGGCCUAAGGGAAGUCAAUAUGAUAAAUAUUUAGCACUUGUAUACACUGUCAUUACUCCAGUUAUGAACCCAUUUAUUUAUACAAUAAGAAACAACAAUGUGAAGACAGCUCUCAGAAAUUCAAUUAGACAACUUGUACGUUAG